AUGGGACUGAAUGAAUAUCAGCCGGAUUUCAGUCUGACGGUGGAAGGCGAGGAUAUCACGAAAGCAAUAAAACGCGGACUGGCUGAACUGCGUUAUACCGAUAAUGGUGCUGCCACAAAGCGGGCUGAUGAGUUAAUGAUAACGCUGUUCAGUGAAACGCUGGCAUUGCCACCGAAAGGCGCAGUAUUAACGCUGGGGCUGGGGUUUAACGGACGUCUGGUGAAUAAGGGUAGCUUUACUGUCUGUCAGGUGGCAAGCGGUGGCCCUCCCCGCCGGAUCACCAUUUAUGCCACAGCAGCCCCCAUGAAUGCGUCCAGGCAUGGUGCAGAUGUGACUGCACUGAAAACCCGCGCCUUCAGCGAUGUCACGCUGGGUGACCUGGUAAAAACGAUCGCCACUGAAAAUAAUCUGGUGGCGCGGGUAUCUCCGGUACUGGAGGAAAUUCGUAUUCCGUGGGUGAUGCAGUCAUCUGAGUCGGAUGCGUCCCUGCUUUCCCGGCUUGCAGGGAUGUACGGUGCCACCAGUAAACCGACGAACGGUUACUGGUUAUUUCUGGAGUAUGGUGCGUCGCAGAGUACCGGAGGCAGGGAUGCCCCAGUGAUGACCAUCACACCGGAUAUGGUGUCAGACUGGGAUUACCGGGAGGGCGAUCGGCAGGGGGCAUCCGGAGGCGGAAAAGGGGGAAAGGUUGGUGUCAGGUACUUUACUCCGUCUGAUGGUCGCACGCGUGAACUUAAAGUGGAUGUGGAGUCCACAGACAAGCGGCAUCCCUUCACCCAGCCAGACCAGAGCACGGCAGAACAUUGUGCACAGUCGAAGGUAAAGCGGGUGCAGAAAGCGGGGCGUCAGAUGACGAUAACGCUGCCCUGCCGACCGGUAUUGCUGAAAGCGGGGGCGGAAGUGCGCUUUAUCACACGGGGCUUCGGGGUACGGGAGGACCAUAACUGGCAGGCAGAGUCAGUGGAAUUUUCGUUGUCACCGGGGCAGGGAUUUUCGCUGAAUCUGUCGCUGGCCACGGAUAUUUCUGCAAAGGGGAAAGCCAGUGGCGAGAAAAAAGGCGUCAAUUAUUUUGGUUAA